UUCACACCCUUCUCCCCCACAUCUUCUUCACUUAUCCCCUCUCUUCAAUUCUCUCUUCCUCUCUCACAACAAACCCUAAUCCCAAGGUUUCCAACUUACCUUACCUUCAUCUCUCCAACAAUGGCGACAAUGGUCUGUCGUGGCCCUCAACCCUGCGUCGAUUCUCAAUUCAUCGAAACAACUUGGCCUCGAAUCAAAUUACAUCCUCAUCCUCAUCCCCCUCCUUCUCUCCAUUUCGCUCUCAAUUCCUGUUUCCUCGAUCUCGAUAAUUCUCCCAAUUCCCUCCCCCAAUGCCACCAACUUAACCAAAUUUUUCUCAAUCACAACGCUAUUAACUCUCUUCCACCACCUCCUCCUCCUCCUCCUCCUUCUUAUCCUCAUCCUCGUCCUCCCUCCGAUGACGAUGACGUCUGCAAGAAAUCCGUGAAAUCCGCAAUGACGUGUAAGGAAUUACAAUCUGAUUAUGUUCAUCCCCUCGUUAAACGCUCUCGCUCUGCUCUGAGUGAUAAGAGUCUUGCGCUCUGUACUGAGAAUUUAGGGAAUGAGACUGGAGUUGAUUUCGUUGAGGAUGCUGUUUUUUCCGAUCUGAAAAAUGAAAGGUCUCCAAUGAGGAAGCGAGUGAAAUCGAAUGGAAAUCAAGGUAAUAACAAAGUUUUUCCACCGCCUCUGACUACAAUCGCUGGUGUUGAUUCGAUUCGUGUACAAUCAUAUCGUGAAGACGGACGGUUGAUAAUGGAGGCGGUGAAAACUCCGGCGAGGCUUUCGUAUUUCCACGUUGAACGAAGCCAUGGCCGGCUUCGAUUGAGCAUUUUGAAAAGUAGCACUUCAAGUUCCAGAUUUGACUGUGGAGAAGAAAGUACGGAGAAGGAAAAGGUAAGAGAAAACGAAAAAGAAAAGGAGGAAGAAGAAGAAGAAGAAGUAAGAAGAAACGACGACGUUGAAGUGGUGGGCGAGAAAGGUAAUUAUGAGGAAAAUUUGGGGGGGAAAGUGGAAGAAAAUGGAAAUCUUGGAGGGGCGGAAAUCGAAAUAGAAAAGGUUGAAAGGCCAUGCAGGUGCAACGAGGCGGGUGAAAAUAAUAAUAUUGACGAAAUAAAAAACAACAAUGAAAUGUUGGUAUUGACUCGGGAGUCCCUCUCCAUUUGGGUCUCUUCUUAAUUAAUUAUAAAAUUAAAAAGAUUAUUAUUAUUAACGAUUUUUAAUUUUUGGAUGAUAUUUAAUUAAUCCGGCUUCUCUUUGUAAUCCCUUUUAUUAAUCCAUUUCUCACUAAUUUCACCUCCCUUAGCUUUUACUCCAAUUUUAUACCUUUCUAUCUAUGAAAAAACUACAACAACAGAUAUAUGUUCAUUCAUGGUGAUUAACUUUAGAUCAAUCAAAUUCAUAUUUUCAAUAUAGGAAUUCCAA